AUGGAGGAAAAAUUAAUUCUUGCUGUAAGCAGUCACCCAGAAUUGUACGAUUCCACUUCAUAUUUUAACAGAGACAGGAACAAAAAGGACCUCGCUUGGAAGAGGGUCAGUGAGGAGAUUGGGCAACCUGAGGACUUUUGCAGAAAAAAGUGGAAGAGCCUCAGGGACACAUAUCUGAAGGAGAAGAGGAAGGAGAUGGACAAGAGGAGUGGGUCAGCAGCAGGGUCUGGGAAGAGGUGGAAGUACUCUCAGAUCUUGGGAUUCCUCGACCCCUUCGUCACCCCACGGGAGACUAGUGGUAACAUGGAGGGGGUCGAGGCCCGGAUCAGAGAGGACAACCACCUCGAGGACCAGGGACAGCCUGGAGAAACGGCGUGGGAGACAGAGACUGAGGAAAAUGAUCAGAGGGGGGAAGAGGAUAUUCUGAGAUCCCUUGCCUCUUCUCCUGUCUCCCCAGUCCCUGGUCCCUCAGCCCCUGCUGCUGAACUCACAGGCCAACAGAGGAGGAGAGCCCGAUGGCGGCCCCGUGAGCGGUCCCGGGAUGGUCCGUCAGAGGUGGAGCAGACACUGUUGGAGCUUCUGACACAACCUCCAGCGCGACCUCCAACCCCACCGCCACGCUCCGCUGAUGAGUGCCUCUCUCCCCUCCGAACACCUCAGAAAGUUGUGGAGAAGACACGUCGCCUUCACACACUUCUCCGCAACUUCUGGGUGGACCUCGAUGAGGCGGCGGUACAUCCUCCAUUGUGA